CGUUAAGGGCCGUACACACCGGGACGAAUAUCGGCGCGCGUUAUUCGCCAGCGUUUUCCAACACGUUUUUUGUGUUCACACCCAAGCGAUUUUCGCUGACGAUGAGCCGAGUGAACAUGCAAAUUCAUUCCCUGACAUUAGAUGGCGCUUAAUGUAAAACAGAAAUACCCCUGUACACAAGGUGGCGCUGCGCAACUUUACGCUUCUUAAACUCGCUUUUCACUCAGAAGAAGAGUGCAAGUAUUUACGCGCUUGUCAGAAUCAUACAAAGAAAACAUGAAUAUUUCAAGCACCAGUAACUCUAGCUCCAGUUCCAGCGAUGAAGAAAUUAUUGUUCUGUUGAAUGAGGAAAGACGCCGGAAAAGACGCCGAUUUUGGGUACAUCCCAUAGUUACGAGAAGAGAAGAACAUGGGGAGUUUUAUCGACUGGUACAAGAGCUGAAAAUGUAUCAUGAGCGUUUUCGGGGGUAUUUUAGAAUGUCCGUCAGUGAGUUCGAAAAUUUACUUCAACAACUGGCUCCCUUGCUGACGAAAGAACAGACACACUACCGUAAACCAAUCGACCCAGAACAGCGUUUGGCCGUGUGUUUACGUUUUCUAAGCACUGGGGACUCGUACCGCUCUAUUGCGUUCAGCUUUCGACUUGGUGUGUCAACUGUGGCUUCGAUAGUGAGUGAAACCUGUGAUGCAUUGUGGCACUGCCUCAGAGAUGAACAUUUGCCAGUGCCUACUGAAGAGAUGUGGAGGAGUACAGCCAGGAGAUUCCAUGAAAGAUGGAAUUUCCCUAACUGCUUGGGAGCCAUGGAUGGGAAACACAUAUUCAUCCAGGCCCCUGCAAACUCUGGUUCUCUAUACUUUAAUUAUAAAGGUACAUUCUCCGUUGUAUUGCUGGCCUUAGUUGAUGCAGAUUACCGCUUCCUGGUGGUUGAUGUGGGGAGCUAUGGCAGCAACAGUGAUGGAGGAAUCUUUGCCAAUUCUGUACUGGGAAAGGCACUCAGAAAUGGAACUCUGAAUGUUCCCCCACCAAGUGAACUUCCAGGUGCUCCUGAGCUGGGAAAAGUUAACCAUGUCAUUGUGGCGGAUGAAGCUUUUCCGCUGAAACCAUAUCUCCUCCGGCCAUACCCUGGACGCCGCCUCCCCACAGACAAGAGAAUUUUCAAUUAUCGUUUGUCUCGGGCACGGCGCAUCUCUGAAAAUGUAUUUGGCAUCCUCAGUCAACGCUUCCGGGUUUUCCAAAGAACUUUACAGGUUCAACCAAGUGUUGUUGACAAAGUUGUCAAAGCUGCUUGUGCGUUGUGCAAUUAUUUGCGCCCGAACGGAAAUGACCAGAAUCGUGCCACAGAGGAUGACCAUGAUUGUGAGCAACCACUACAAGGCUUUGAACAUUGUAGGGGGCAGCGGGCAUCUGUGGAGGCCCAAAAUGUCCGAGAACUGUACAAAGAGUACUUCAACUCACCAGCAGGAGAAGUUGCUUGGCAGUAUGACCAUGUGAACCAUGCUCUGGGGAACAGAUAAUAUCAACCUAUAAAUUUGAGCCAUUUUAAUUACAUUUUCCAUUGAGAAAACUGCUAGUGUAUGUGUAUAUAUACAAUUUCUGUGAACUUGAAUACACUAUCAAAUCUAUUGCAUCUGAUUCUUCAUUAAUUAAUAUGGCAGCACUCACCACAGCAAAUUAAAUAUUUUUGAUAUAACAUGUUCUAUCAAAGUUAAAGCAUAGUUUUUUUUUGCAAAAAGUAAAGUAUUUGGUCACUUCAACAUAUACUUAUUUACAACUAAAUGUAAGUUGUAUUUUUGAAAAUGUGUAUUUUUAAUAAACAUUUUUACUAGCA